AUGCACCACAGACCAGCGUGCAGAGGCGCCAAUGCAUUGACAACGGGGUCAACACAGCGGUUGUGCGAAUUGACGGUCUUGUGCGUGAUCGCCGCGUUGGUCGAACAGAUUAUCCUGUGGGACUUGCCAACCAUGAUUCUGUCCAAUUACUGGGCGUACGACGCGUCGGUAGGAUUCUUGAGUGCAGUUUGCCUGGGCGCCGUGGUGGGCUGGCUUGUGCACGGCUGCCUGCCAGCCUCGAUGCUGUGGGAAUUCCCCAUUGAGUCCCGCAGAAAGCACAAGAUGGUGCAGGAGGUUGGCGUCAUCAUAGCCGUCUGCUCAGCCUGUAGUGCUGCCAGGUACUCUUCACACACUCGUCUAUGUUAUUCAUUGCCGCGGUACUACAGUUGCAAGUGUGUCAACUGGAAGCACACUCUGCUUUUGCGGAAUACAGGGACAACGUAUUGUUCCUCCCAUGUGCACCUUCAAAUCCCCUUGUUGUGA